AUGCCCGCAUCUACCGCGACCACCAUCCGGCCGGACGUGGAGGGACCUCCUUCUCCGGAGGAUGGCACGAAUCUCAAGCGUAGUCUCCAGAUAGACAUGAAGGUGCUCAUGGGGGAUGCCGUCGGGAACAUGAGCAUCAGCCCAGACAAUCGAGAUGUGGUACUCGCAGCUCGGAAAGGCCUGUUCAUCAUUGAUUUGGAAGCACCCUUUCACCUACCUCGCUUCCUCCCUCAAGGAGGCACCUGGGACGUUGCCGAUGUCCAAUGGAACCCGCAUCCCUCGCACAACGAAUACAUCAUCUCUACCUCGAGCGAGAAGCUACUCAUAUGGAAUUUGUUCUUGGGUGGGCGAACGUCCAUUGAACACGUACUGCGGUCUCACUAUCGCGCCAUAACGGACAUCAAUUGGCAUACGAUCGAGCCGGACAUCGUCAUAAGCACAGGCAUCGACUCGUGGCAGUGGGCUUGGGAUCUGCGAACAGUGCAGAAACCUAUCAUGGGGCUUUGUGCGUUUGGCCCGGGCGGAACCCAAGUCAAGUGGAAUCGAGUUGACGGAAACAUCCUCGCCUCGUCUCAUUCAGACGAGGUUUUAAUCUGGGAUAGACGGAAAGGGUCGUUACCUAUCAAACGGAUACGGGCUCAUAAGGCCAAGAUCUACGGAAUUGACUGGGCACACGACAGGCGUAAUGAGCUCGUGACCUGUUCCCUGGACAAGACCAUCAAGAUAUGGGACACGCACACUGCGACAACCAACGUCACCAUCAAUACUUCGUACCCCGUGUGGCGCGCGCGCGACCUGCCGUUCGGCCAGGGCGUGUUGAGCUUACCGCAGAGGGGCGAGACGGCGCUUGAGAUGUACGCGCAUGAGGAACCAACGGUCCCAAUUGAGAAAUUCGAGGGUCACACAGACGUCGUGAAGGAGUUCGUGUGGAGGCGUGGUGGCCAAGAUAACAACGAGUUCCAGCUGAUCACUUGGUCGAAGGACAAGACGUUGCGGUUUUGGCCGGUUGACACCGAGACGAUCCAGGCAUGGCUCCUCAAGGCAGGGAUGACGCCUACGCGAACGAUGGCUACUGCACCCAGCCGUAGGGACUCCAAAGUCUCCUUCAGCAACCCCCCGAUAGGCAACGACCUCCCCCCGACGCUCUCAGCGCCCAUCGGCUUCCGCGGUAUCCUCGCCGAAGUGCGCGCCCCACAGCCCCACCGUCUCGUCAGGUUCGCCCCGCGCGAGUCCACCGGGCACAAAAAGGCCGCCGAUGUCCCAGCGCACGAGGAGCAGCCGGAGUGGCAACAGGCGCGCUCACGGCCGGUGUUAGUGCCGACAACGCCUGUGACGGCGGCGGCGGCGAGCGUGAAAGACAGCGGGAAUAUCGGUACGAUGAGCCGCGGGCCGUUCGCGGGGGGCCGCUCGUCGCACAUCACGACUUUACAGUGGAUAUCGAACGUCAAGGUGGGCGGUGUCCGAGAUGGGAGUUCGGGGCCGGGGAGCGGAGGCGAUAGUGGGGACGUGUCGAGGAUCGGGUCAAGGUCGAGGCCGCCGUCGGUGUUGGAGCGGUCGCAGUCGGUGUCGCAGGCCCGUUCGAGGCCGAGGGACGCGAGCACAAGUCGGGAGAAGGAGAGGGAAAGGGCGGAGGAGUAUGUGGAUCCUGCUCUGACGCUGCAGGAAGAGAUCACUUCUGUUGUGGCUAAGCUGAACUCCCCAAAGCUCAAGCUCGAGAGGGUAGGGCUCUGCGGCAAGAAGCGUACUUGUACGUUCGGCCUACAGGGUCCCUGGGGAGAGUCUACGUCUGUAUUCCUCAGAAUCACCUUCACGUUCCCUCGAGAGUAUCCCCAGGCCACCUUCCCCGGCGGCGUCCCCACCGUGGACUUGGAGCGUAGCCCCUUGAUCUCAAUGAGGCAGCGUGCAUUUAUCCUGCGCAGGCUCCGCGAGAUCCGCGAGAAGCAGCGGCCAUGUCUGGAGAAGUGUCUCCGAUUCCUGUUGUUCAACGAUCAGCAGGAGGGCAGCGGUCACCAUGCCACGAUCGAUUCGGAGUCGUCAUCCGAGGACGAAGCGCCUACUGCGCGAAGAGGGGAACCUACGUCCGCCGUCCUCAGGGGAGACAAGAAUCUGGCAGAGCCACGGACAUCGCAGGGGGUGUUUGGUGUCAACGGCCAACUUGUCUGCUUCUUCCGCGCCCCGCCAAGGAUUGUUCGCAAUCCAUUGCGUGAAAUCUCUGUAUCUCCUUCCGUCGCUUCCCGCCCCCAAAAUGGUGCGUCUCGGCUCUUCCAGUCGCCCGCGCUCCUUUCGGACGCAGUCAAACGACUCAGCUCCGCCGCCAUGGAUCGCGAAUCUCAGUCAGCGGAGCGUAAGCGAAGCGACGACACGAGCAGCUCGCAUAACGUCCUCCGUAUCAUGGACAACCUUUUUACGUUCUCGUACGCUCAUCCUCAUGCACACAUGAUGCCGAUCAGCCAGCCGCGACGCGUUUCGGAUCAAUCCCGACCGAUGGAGGACGACUAUGCCUUGCUGCCUACCAGACGGAGCAGUGUUUACAUCAAGCGAACUGAGGGCAUCCUCGGUAUCCCGGAUACUGAGGCGGGGGCACAGUAUGCGCUGAGCGGGAGGGACUUUGCAGAAGUAUGCAAAACCAAUGCGACAGUCGCGCGGAUACUUGGUAGGAGUGAUCAUGAGCGGAUCUUUGGCAUGUUGCAUGUGCUGGCGAGCAGGAAGGGGGAUCAGAACGUCAUAAUGGCUCAUGGUGGAGUUGAUCCGUUGCUGGCUACGUUGGCUACAAGACUGUACGAAGAGAUGCUGAGAGAGAAGGAUAUUCAGAUGCUCGUAUUCCUUUCUGUCCUUCUUCUGAAUCCUGCGCCGCACUCAACACCUGCCUCGCUCUCGCCCGGUGCAUUCGUCGCGCAGCGUAAGAUUAGCUUGGAGUACUUCGAUCCGCGGAGACGUAGCAAUCGCCAGGGCAGCCCAUUCUCUCCUGCUUCGUCGAACCCCUCCACCCCCACCCUUACACCGGGAGGCGUGUUGUCUCUUAACUCGCCUUCUUCCAAGGGUUCGUGGUCAAGUCUGUUCAAUGCAGGCAGCAUGAGGCAGUUAGUAUCCGCUCGACGCGCGAUGGUCAAGCGCGACAGCGCGCGCCCGUCGUCAAACUCGCCGAUUGCGAAGUUGUCCUGGGAAGCACCGGAUACCCUGAACGCGUCCAUGCCGCCAUUAGGGUCCAAGAGGCGGCCGACUUUCUCGCAGGUGCUGUCUGGACGGUCGACGCUGUCGGAGAAGCGACAUAUAUCAUUCCAAUCUUCUGCAGAUGAGAUACCUCCAUCGUUCCUGUCCCCUGAGAUGCGGGGGCAACUGUUGUGUCACGUACUCGCUUAUGCCGAGAUGCUGCUCGCGUGGCAGCUCCCUGAAAAGCGCGGCGAGCUACUCAAGCUAGUCGAGGAUGACAUACAGAGGUUGUCUCCCGACAUUGUCGUGUCCGAUGAGACGCUCUACUCUGCACGAAUAGGGUGCGGACAGCCCAACGAAGUAGAAGCUACGCGAUGUUUUGAGUGUCGCAGUCGGCUGAUUGCCCGUUGCUCAAUCUGUCGUCUGACUGUGAAGGGGUUGCAUCACCUCUGCUCGAAAUGUCUCCAUGUUUCUCAUCUCAAGUGCUGGCAGGCACGGGACGACGCGCUGUGUGCGACCGGCUGCGGUUGCAUAUGUGCUCUGCCAGCUAGCGAGCCUCUUAGUGAUGGGAUGGUUGUGCUCUCGCCCAUCAUGCCUGUAUCCGCGUAG